GUUUUUCUGUCAGUUUCAGCCAUGCUCCACCUUGUAAAAAUAGACUGUACAUUUAUACAUUCCGUCGUUAAAGUUAAACGCGCAUAACCCAAUGAUUAUAUUCCGGGUUAAUAGCCUUCAACUUGCUGUCGCCGAAGACAGAGGAAUAUGGCUUUAAUGAAGUUGCACGGCUUUCGUUCUUGCACCUCUUUCGUGAUAAGUGCCUUCAGACGAAACCUAAGUGAAACCUUAACAAGUAUAAAGACGGACAGGAGAUUUAUGCAUACAAUAUGCUGCGGUGGUAAAACGCUCAGGAACACCCCAAGCUUGGCUCCGUUGAUGAGCAGAAGACAUCUUUCUUCUGCCUUCUAUCCCCACGUUUGUGUAGCAGGGUGCUCUGUGCGCCACCAUGGAGACACUGGGAGCAGUCAAAAGCAGGUAGAUGAAAAGAGAUUCAUGGAAGACCUUAGUAAGCUUGGUUCUUGCAAGCAAAUAUUUAGAUUAUUGGACUCAGUUGGGUUUUUGAAUGACACUAUGUUAUCUGCAGCUUUGCUUAGGAUUGUUCAAGUCGAAACACAAAAUGGAAUCCUUUUAAAUCCAUGUGAUGUUUUUGAAAAUCCUGUUUUUAAAGCUAUUUGCGUACAACUUGAGGAAAAUUCUCAGAGGCUAUCUGAUACUGGCCUUGUGAAUUCUUUAAAAGGCCUGGUUCAACUACGUGUAGACCCCUGGAGUACUUUGAUGGUGCGUUUAGUGUCCGAAAGCCAAGAACGUCUUGACAAAGGAGAGAUGAGUAUACAAAACCUUUGCAUUCUGGGGGAAAGCUUACUAGAAAUUGAAGGCCCCAAAUGUGCUAUGUUGCAACCUAUCAUGGAUCAGGUGCAGCAGAAGAAUGUCAACGAAUGGUCACCUGAAGAAAUUGCAAUGGUUUAUAGCUUGCUUCAAGCUGGUUUGGGUGAGAGGGGGCAAUAUCAGGGUCUAUUAAAUAAAAUGCACAAAGCAACAAUAUAUAUCACCUCUCAACUGAAUCCAAGAUUGAUUAGCUCCAUACUUAGUGCCUUGGUGGUUCUUGAGCAAAGACAAGCUGUUCCGUUGGUGAUAAAGUUGUGCAAAAAUUCUGUAAGGCACAUACCUUACUUUACAGAUGAAGAGCUUGUGCAAGUGUUAGUAGCCAUGACAAACUUUGAACAUAGUGACAAAUACUUCACUGAAGCCCUGGAAAGGCAUGUCUCGAAAAUGGCCUUUUCUAUGUCACCACAGGUAGUUAGCACCGUAAUGCAGUACUGCGACAAAAAGCUGAUCCUUUCCAAGCCUAUUUUUGAUGCUGUGGCUGAAAGUUUUGUAUAUAAUUCCGAGAAUUUCACCACCCUACAGAUUGCUCAGCAAAUUAUACCAUUUGGAAAGCUGAACUACUUGCCACCUAAUGCUGCAACAUUAUUUAGAAAGCUGGAGAGAAUUCUGAGCAACCGUUUCUCUCAGUUCCAUCCACGCACCCUGCUUAACCUUCUGCACUCAUGCAUACUCUUAGAGCGCUUUCCUGUAAAUUUCUUGGCUAAGAUUUUCAAUCCUUAUUUUCUACAGCAACUGCAAGAUCAGACUGGAAACUUGGACAAAUUUGCGCUAUCACAGCUAACGCAGCUAUUUCUCACUGUUACCUUGGAAUGCCCGUUUUAUGAGGGCCCAACUCUUCUUCCUAAAUACAGACUGAAGACUUUCUCUACAACUGGCUGUUCCCUGGAAUCCCCAGUAGAUGUUCAUCUGUACAACAGAGUGAAGUCUGGAUUAGUAGAUCUCUUGGGGGCAAGAAUGUAUUUUGCAUCCCAUGUACAGUCUCCUUACUGCUACACACUGGAUGUAGAGAUCAAGUUGGAUGAAGAGGGGUUCGUGUUGCCAGCUUUUCAAAAUGAAGAGGUUCACAGAAGAAUAGCGGUCUGCAUUGACGGUCAAAAAAGGUUUUGCUGCAACAGCCAUCAUAUCAUUGGGAAAGAAUACAUUAAACAACGACAUUUGCGGCUGCUUGGUUAUGAUGUGGUACAGAUCCCAUUUUAUGAAUUUGAUCAAUUACAAAACAAUGAAGACAUUGUUGAAUAUCUUCAUAACAAAAUAUUUCCUCAUAAGUACCGAUUAAAGUGGUGAGUGUACC